CGGACUUUAUUAUUGCAACUUCAUCUUGUGUGAUAGGGCCUGGACCUGGGGCGAGUAGGUGGGUCUCUUUAAUCGGUCCGCAUCCGGAAGAUCCAAGUAUGUCGCAAAACCAGUAGCAUACGUACUUGCAACAUUCUCGUAAAUUACGAUCGCACGACCCUGCGUAGCGCAGACAUCUGUGAGAUGAUGCCGGAGCCAAGUGGAAGCUCGAGCUCCAGCAGUGGGCCAGCACCACCCGUCAGGCCCGCCGGGACCUCCGCAACUUCUUCGCACGCGCCAAUCAUGCACAACCAGAAGAACAUCUUGAAAUCCCCCCACUACCAACGUAACAAACAAAACGCGAGCGCGCAGAUAGCACCGAGCCUUGCACCAGCUGGUGUUCUUGACCACCAGCGGACAACAACGCGGCCCAGGCAAACAACGGCACGCGGCUCCUCUGCUGGUGGUUCCCCUGUUUUAGAUGCAGUGCUCUCCACGACCGCGUCCACGAGACCAGCUGCUGGCGCGGCCAAACGCAGCACGCCUGUGAUAUCGCCUCCCAAGUCAGCAAUGGCUUCCUCGCGACAGAACAAAACCACAUCAACCGGAAGAGGACAGCACAACAACACUACAUCAGGAGGGGGUCCUCGUAUUGGCCCAACUACUACGACCUCCGCGUCUGGCAGCAGCCACCACCGCCAGUCCUCAGCACUCUCCGAGGCCAACCGCCGCGUUGCGUUUUUCCAGGGGAAGCUGGUGAGACUGGGGAAGGCCUUCGCGGACAUGGUGCGGAAAGCGGACCAGGAAACGUGUCGGAACGCGCAUCUGGAAGCCAAGGUGCAGUUCCAAGCCAUGCAGCUCGAGUACCUGUUUGAGCAGAGAUUCGGCACUAGUAGCGGAGAUGACCAGGGAGGCGGUGGAAGUAAUAAGAGUGACCCGAUGAACAGCGGGCAGGGGCAGACAAAAGCAGUGGAGGAACUGAAAGACUUGAUGAAAAACUACAUGAAGCAGUUUCAGGAGGUAAAAACUUCAAUUCGUCUUGUAGAUCUCAAAGAAACACUGACCAUUGAAAUUGAUGCCUUUUGAACGUCCAGCGCAAUCUGACGCACAGGCACUUCACCUCCACCCUCGCAAUGUUUUUUCUCCGUAUGAGCACUGCCAUCAUAAUUUACUGUCAACACUUCAUCAGGCCGAAGACGCCCGGCUCGAUGCCUGUCGACAAGACGCUGCGAGCGCGCAAAGGACCUUUUCCCAGUGCUGGAUGGACCGCGUGGAAUCCUCUUCUCCGAGCAAGCGGGCCCGCGGCGGUUGUGCCUCGGAAAUGAGUCAUCCGUUCGCGAGCUUAACGGUUGGUGAGUAUCUGCAGCCGCGGUGGAAGCGACUUUCGAAACCAAGUGCUCCGGGGCCGCUGGAUCAGCAGCUAUUUCAUCUCGCAGGUCGUGGCGGAGAUUUUUAUGGCUCUUCUGGUAUGAUGCAACAAGGUCAAGGAGGUAGCGUGCCCAGUUCUAAAGUCAACUUGAACAGCGCUGCACACCAUGAACGACCAGGGGGGCGGAGUGCUAAAACUGCUGGCAGUAAUACAAGCACCUUUAUUCCCGCGCGAUCAGGCACGACGGGCGCGUUGUUGCCGUCGAGGAAGCUUUCAGUCUCCGCAAUUAGCGAAGAGGAUGAAAUGGAGAUGAUGCAAGAAGCUAAUCCGGGGAGUUCGAGUUCUUCUUCUUGUGCAUUUCGGGAUGCCUCACCGCCAAAAGAUAAAGCAGGUGGUGUACUAAAGGCAAAGCCUGCAGAUGCAACAGCGAUGAAAACUGAACCUUCAAACAGUUCCUCUUCGGCACCAGCGGCUCCGCCCUAUCCUGGAAGUGGUGGAAGUGCACGGACCACAGAGGAAGCAAAGCCAGCACGUGAAGUUGUAGAUCCGGGGUCCGUCGACAGCAGGCUUUUCGUCUCGAAUGAGAAACGGCCGGGCACUGCGGGUGAUCUUCGGAAUUCCGCUAAUUCCUCCCCAGUUUCCGCGAUCAAACGCAUGGACUUGCGGGAUGCGGAUGAAAUAAUAACCGGACUCUCUCCAGAUAAAGAUGAACAUCAUCAGAAGGAUUUCCCGCAGCCGAAGCGGCGGGCAUCGGACCUGGCGCCGCCGUCCUUGCCGGUGGUCGUGGGGAGCUGUGUGGUCAACAAGGGAGAUGAUGAGAGCUCUUCUUGCUUGUUAGAAUCCGGCGACGGUGUAGCAACAUCUGCAAAAGAAGAAGUCAUGGGCCACCCGCCCCACACUACUGUCACAGUAGAGUCUGGUACAAGCACAACUUCUUCUUCGUCCUCAAGUUCAUCGAUCUCGCCAGCCGCAAAAUUUUCAGCGGCGAUGACGACGGGGUACAAAGCACUUUUCGGGGCGAUGUUUUCCUCUGGAGCUACAGGGUCCGCAUCUUCUGCUGAAGGGGCAGCUAGUGAAGACCAUGUGACAGCACAGGAGGAUGACGUACACGUAGAUGAAAAGGAGCCGAAGCCACGAAGUUCCGACUCGUCGAACAGCAGUAAAGGUGCGCAAGAGCCGAUGUCCUCGAGUACGACGUUGGAGCAGGAUGGAGGAGAAGACGAAGACAAUUUCACUUCCACUUCCGGUGUCCCUUCCUCCAGUGAGAUGAAAAGCGAGACAAGGACAGAGAAUGAUGGGAAUGCAGCCCCACGACCUCCUCCAGGAGAGCAAGCACGAGCACCUGGCAACAUUCCUCCAGCUCCGAAGACGAGAACCUCCAACGGCCCUCGCCCGCCGCCGACGCCCGGACUGGCGAUCAGCUGCUCGCCAAUGGAAGAAGUUCUUGUGGAUGGGAGUCAUCUUCAAGAACUUAAUGCUAUUCCUGCAUUAAACAGCACAACUAUUUCGGACAGUGCCCGCUCCUCCGCACUCAGUGCCGCAUCCUCUUCCACGCACACCCGAGAUCCCUCGCCCUCCAAAAUCUCCCAGCAGUUGAGCGGCUACUUGCACAAACUCCCGGUAUCUGCCGCGAAGACGAUGAAUUCUCCAGAAGUUGUGUCAAAACAGGCGCGGGACUCUUUGAAUUCGAAUCUUUCUGGUCUCUCGCCGGACAAGGAACUGCAGGAGUUGCAUCUUCAAAACCAAGAACCUCUGAAGAGCGCGAGACAAACGCCGAUGCACGUGAAGGAGCAGUUGAAGGGUUUGUUGAUCAAUCCAAAGAACCGGAGUUCGAAAAAUUCCGUCGUGAAUUCCCAAAGCAACUCGAAAGAAACGACCCCGCGAGAGGUUGAAACUACAACAAGCAGUAAAAAUGUAGAUCCUGGUGUAGAAGCAGCAGCAGCAGAUGUCAAAAAAGGCGUAGAGAGAACGCUCUUUGCAACCGCGGUGGCGGGACCUGGGGUCACGAUAGCGCCGGGAAGUGGAGGAACCGGAGCACGUACAGCAGGUGGUGCUCCUGCUGAAAGUCAACAUCUGUACAUCAACGCAGAGCAGCAGUCCGUCUCCUCGCUCGCCAGCUCUGCGAUGUCUUUGUCACGCCCCGGGUCAGAUCGGGAAACCUCUUCUCUUCAAACCGGCGGCGCGGUAGUGCAACAACUAGGUCGUGGUGCUCCACCACGCGAAGAAGAUUCAUCGCCGGUGGAUGUUGAUCCACCAGAUGUUGCUGGUACAGUUGAUCACGAAGAUGAUGAUUUUGGCAUACCGAAACAGGCGGGAUUUUCAGCUUCAAGCCCCCUUGCGGAAGAUCUUGAUCACGAUCACGUUCUCAUGUCCGCACGCCGAGCCAUCGCACGAAGCGAAGAGAUCGAAACCAGGAGAAAGGCGGAAGAGCAGGGAGACGCUGAAGCUGCCUUGGGGCAGCUGAAAGAGGUCGCAAAGGUGGAAUUUAACCACUGACCUGAAGCUGCUGCGAGCAACUGCUUUGUAGAAUUUCAAUUUUUCGUUUCGGAGCUAUUCGUCCUUUGUCGCAUUCAGUCACACUCACACAUAGCAUCAUGCGUCUCUCUUCCGGAGUCAGUUUUUCAAAGCGGCAUACGUAAACGCAAAAAAAAAUCUUUGGGAUAAACUGGUGAGACUUCUACUACAGACAUUUUGCGUGGAAGAUCAAAAUCAAAUCUGCUCGUGCUCC